AUGGCGGUAGCUUCACUUGGUACUGAAGUUAGGUUUCUGCUUCCUGUUCGCAGACUUAUCAGUGCUGCUUACAUAUUUAGCCCAUACGUAUCAGACGUUUCAGCUGUAAUUUUUGACAGUGGAUUAGGACUCUCCAAAGGUGGCAUGUCUGGAGAGAUUGGACCCCGUCAUGUGAUCAGCUCUGUCAUGGGGUAUCCUAAAUUCAACAUGUCUUUGACAGCUGAAAAUCAGAGAAAGUACUUUGUAGGGGAAGAAGCCUUUUGCAAGUAUGGGGCUUUGCAUUUGUGCUACCCCAUUAAAUAUGGACUGGUAGUAGAAUGGGAUGACAUGGAGAUUACCUGGAAGCAACUUUCUAAGUGGGAGAUGGGAGUAAAACCCUGUCAGUUUCCUGUGCUUAUGACUGAGCCUUCCUGGAACCCAAAAGAGAUUCAAGAAAAGAUGGCAGCAAUGAUGUUUGAGACCUUCAAUGUCCCUGCCUUCUACCGGUCCAGCCAUGAGGUUGCAACACUCUCCCCCUCUGCCUCUGUCUCAGGCCUAGUGGACAGUGGGGAUGGAGUCACUUACAGUGUCCCUGUCUUUCAGGAUUCCUCCCUGCCUCAUGGUGUCAACAAGCUCUACAUGGCAGGGACAAAUAUCACAGAACAUCUCACCCGGCUCCUUGCUUGUGGGAAUAAAUCCUCUUGCCUACUCAACAAGGCCCUAGUGGAUAACAUAAAAGAGCAGGUGUGCUCUGUGGCUUUGGAGCCAGAGAAAGAGCUAUGUAAGAGGCCAAAGGCACUCCUGCGAGUAUACAUACUAUCAGAUGGGAAUGUCUUCCACACUGGGGACCAGCUGUACCAGGUACCUGAGACUCUUUUUGCACCUAACCAGCUGGGCAUCCACAACCUGGGACUCUCAAAAAUGGUCUCCAGCAGUAUUUUGAAGUGUGACACUUACAUCCAGGAAAACCUUUUUGCAGAAAUUGUGCUAUCUGGGGGCACCACUCACUUCCCCAGGCAUGGGGAAAGACUUAGGGAAGAGCUAGAACAGCUGGCUUCCGGAGGGACUCCCAUCAAGAUCACAGCUUCUGACAGUUGUUUCUCUGAGUGGAUCAGUGCAUCUGUUGUAACUUCUCCAGACAGUUUUAAGAUGUGCAUUACCUCUGCAGAUUUCAAGAAGUUGGGAGAUCUGUGA